CGAGGGCCUUUCCUCCACCGACUACCUCAAAACUCACUCCACCAGUGUACCCACCCACUCGCUCCUCUCUUCUCUCCCUCUCUCUCGCUGUGCGACCCCUCUGCCGCCGCUACCACCGCCACACCAAGAGCGAGGACAGAGGCAAUGGGGACGGCUUCGACGGUGGUGGCGUUCCUCCUGCUGGCGUUCCUCGCCGGGGGGCCGCUCACGGGGGAGGCGCACAACAUAACGCGCAUCCUGGCGAAAUUCCCCAACUUCUCCACCUUCAACCACUACCUGUCCGUCACCCACCUGGCGGCUGAGAUCAACCGGCGCACCACCAUCACGGUCUUCGCCGUCGACAACUCCGCCAUGGCCGACCUCCUCGCCAAAGACCUCCCCAUUGCCUCCAUCAAGAACGAGCUCAGCCUCCACGUCUGCCUCGACUACUUUGGUGCCAAGAAGCUCCACCAGAUCACCAACGGCACCGCCCUCUGCGCCACGCUCUACCAGGCGACCGGCUCCGCCCCCGGCACCUCCGGGUUCAUCAACAUCACAGACCUAACAGGCGGAAAGGUCGGGUUUGGCGCCGUCGACAACGGUGAUCUGGACGCUUCUUUCGUCAAGUCCCUCAAGGAGAUCCCUUACAACAUCUCCGUCAUCCAGAUCAGCAGCAUCCUCAGUUCCCCUGUCGCCGAGGCUCCCGCCCCUUCCCCGGCAGAGCUCAACCUCACCUCCCUCAUGUCCAAGCAGGGGUGCAAAAACUUCGCGGAUCUGCUCACCGCCACCGGCGCCGUCAAGACCUACAUGGACAACGUCGUCGGAGGUCUCACCGUCUUCUGCCCCACCGACGAAGUCAUCACCAAGUUCGGCCCCACCUACAAGAACCUCACCAAGAACGAGAAGCAGACGCUGCUGCUCUACCACGCCGCACCGAUCUACCUUCCCAUCGCUUCCCUCAAGUCCAACAACGGCCCCCUGAACACCCUCGCCACCAAUGGCGCCAGCAACUACGCCUUCACGGUUCAGAACCAGGGCGAGGAGGUGACGCUCAGGACAAAGGUGGUGACGGCCAGCAUCACGGGCACGCUGUACGACCAGGAUCCCGUGGCGAUCUUCACCAUCGACAAGGUGCUCGAGCCGAAGGAGCUGUUCAAGGGCGCCCCAGCGCCUGCGCCGGCUGCGGACUCCCCCGCCCCUUCCUCUUCCGCCGACGCCCAUUCCUCGUCACCCUCACCCGACAGCCCGGAUUCAGCCCCCUCUGAUAGCGACACCGCCGACAGCUCGGACAGCAUCAAGUUGGUGGCUGGUGGGAGCUCACUGCUCAUGGUGGUGGUCGCCCUUCUUCUCUAGUUUGCUUGAUUUUUACCGUCUCUUCCUCUUUUCCAGAGUUACAUACUUUCUCUCUCUGUUCUUUUCAAUUUUUUUUUUUUUUUUUACCUUUACGUGUAUUUAAUGUGGAAAUAACUGUCCCUCCCUUUGCCGCUGGUGAAGAGAGUGAUGGGAACCGUUAUUUUGGGGAUUUAUUUGUUGGGUAGUGUGAAUGGGGGCGGUGAGGGUAAGGGGAAGUAUCUUUUUGUUCCUGUGUGUUUAUUUUAAACUCUUCUUCUUCUUCUUUUGCUGCUGCUGCUGCUGUAAUUUCCUGCUCUUCUUUUUUACUCUUGUGGGUUGUGUUGUUCUGUGCAUGUAAAAGAAGAAAACAUUGUCGGUGAUUUACGAGGGUAAAAAAAGCUCUGGUCAAUGAUCCAUCUGCCAUUAGCUUCCAGAAACCUCUCAUCCGCUUUUGUACUGGCGACAGCUUGUCACUUUGUUAAUAUAUUAGCAUUUGGUCGGUUUUUUUC